AAGAAAUCAAUGACCGAUUAAAUUGAUUAGAAAAAUGUAACAACUUAAUAAAAACAAUUCCAAGGAGUCUAAUAUUUCAUAAUAUGAUAAAAAUAAAUAAAAGCCUUUUAAUUUGUCUUAUUUUGAUAUCAAUAUUUUUGAAAUGCUUAUGUUCGAAUGGCGAUAAAACCGUAUUUUUUAAGCAAUGUCGUCAAAACUGCGAAAGACAAAAUUGUUCAGCUGAUGGAAUUAAGUUCCAAGAGCAGGCGAUAAAGUAUUAUCAACAGACUUUAUUUGAUAAAUUGUUUUUAUGGAAUUGUGUAGACGAAUGUCAGUAUGGUUGCAUGUGGAGAACCGUUGAAGUCUUUAAAGAGCGCGGAUGGGCAGUUCCACAAUUUUAUGGCAAAUGGCCGUUUAUACGUUUUAUGGGACUACAAGAACCGGCCUCAGUAUACUUUUCCAUUUUAAAUUUUGUUGCCCAUGUUCGCAACAUUAAACGAUUCCGAAGAGAAGUAAGACCGGAUAGUCCUUGCUAUAAGUUAUGGCAUUUGUUUGCAUUUGUAUGUUUAAAUGGCUGGUUAUGGUCUAUAAUAUUUCAUGCGAGAGAUUUACCUUUAACAGAACUAUUGGAUUAUGCAUUUGCUUAUUCUAUGGUUUUAGUCGUACUCUACUGCAUGCUGCUCAGAAUGCUGCAUCGAAAAUCUAUAUUAUUAAGAGGUUUUAUUUCUCUGGGUGUAUUAUCUUAUUAUAUAAACUACUUCGCUUAUUUGAGCGCGGGAAAAUUUAGUUAUUCUACUAACAUGGUGGCAAACGUGGUAACAGGUGUUUUGGGAGGCUUAGGCUCGAUUCUCUGGUCUUUCCGUGUGCGACAUUACCGUCCGUAUUAUCGUAAAAUACAGACUUUCUUUUUAUUAAUGGGAUUAACUAUGAGUUUGGAACUUUUAGAUCUUCGUCCAAUUUUAUGGAUUAUUGACGCUCAUGCUUUAUGGCAUUUGUCAACCGCCUUCCUUGACCCAUUAUUUUACAGUUUUGUCAUUGAAGACUGUAAAAUGUUGCGCACGGAACAUAAGGACAAGGCGUUUAUUUUUGACAAAGAAAUUUAAUUGAACGUAAAAUAUAUUAAAAAACUACAAUUAUGUUGGUACAUAAAAAACAGUCUACAUUUGACCACAUUGUGAUAUUUUUACCGGUAGCUUGGGCUUAUUAUUAGGUCCUGUAGGGACAUUUUCA